GGAAAAUAAAGGGAAAAAGGAAGUCUCUCCUUCUCCCUCUCCUUCUCCCUCUCCCUCUCCCUCUCUCUCUCUCUCUUCUCUCUCUGAUAUUCCUCCCUUUUCUUCUGGACAUCUCUUCCCUCCUUUACCAAGCCAUUAUUCUAACUCCAGCUCACUCGUCACCUUAUAACUUUGUUUUCUUCCAUGGCGGCACCACCACAUAAGGCAGUGUCGUCUCUGCUGCUGAUCAUCGCCAUCUUCGCUGGAAUAAUCGAAAACAGAUACAUAUUCAUGGCCGUGGAAGGAGCGUACUGGUGCGUUGCACGAAGCGACGCGAGUACCCAGGCCUUGCAAACGGCGUUGGACUAUGCGUGCGGAACCGGCGCCGACUGCAGCCCUAUACUGUCGAAUGGGCUCUGCUAUCUCCCCAACACCAUCCAGGCGCACGCCUCCUACGCCUUCAACAGUUACUUCCAGCGGAAGGCCAUGGAACCCGGAAGCUGUGACUUCUCCGGCACCGCCACCAUUGCCCAGACCGAUCCCAGUUAUGGAUCUUGUGUGUAUCCAUCUUCCGCAAGCGCGGCUGGAGGGACUACGCCAACAACACAAAAUCCGUAUAACCAAAAUGCGUCGAUAACACCAACCAUAUCGGGCAAUGGUCGCACUCCCGGAGUGACUUCAGGACUGACCCCGCCGUUCCCGGACAGUUCUAAAGCAUUUUCAGAGUCCAUGAUCCCCAUGAUCUUAGUAGUGCCUCUCUCCUUUCUAGUUGUUCUCACACUCAACUUCCAACCAAUUUAGGUCUGUUUAGGAAGAAUAGAUUUGCCAUAGGGUGGAGAAGAGGCUUAUUCAGUUUUGUUAGAAGUUUGGCCUUCUUUGUUUGCCACCCCAUUUAGCUUUAUAAAAUACCAUUUGAUCUUUUGAACUGUUUUCUCUACUCAUUGAAAGGUUCUAGCCAGAGGCCUCCAUCACGGUUCAACCUUGUAGGCCUCAUUAUUCAAUUCAUAGUUUGAUUUGGUAGUCUCAUUUUGAAUAUUGGGAUUGCAGUAUGACUUUGAGCAGUCAGUCUGCUAAGCAUUUUCCUUCUACUGCUUA